CACUUCAACACCCUCCCAACAAAACAGGAGAAAAUAACUAAAACAACACCCAAAAAAAUCAUCAUCAAGAAGAAGCAGUAAAAUGAACAACAGAUGGGUAUCAUCAGCAUCAAGUAUAUGGAUACAAUCAACAACAGGCGGGUCAUACGCUUUUAGCAUAUACUCUCCCUCACUCAAAUCCUCCCAAUCUUACGACCAAUCAACACUCGACACAAUCUCCGUCUUCAAAGACAUCGGCGCCAACGCCGGCGUUUUAUCCGGCUUACUCUUAGCCGCCGUAUUAAGCCGCCGCCGCCGACAACGAUGCUGUUUUGUUGGCCCAUGGUUGGUCCACGCCGUUGGUGCGGCCCAAUGUUUUCUGGGCUACUUCUUCAUGUGGGCUGCUGUUGUUGGGCUCAUUUCUCGGCCCUCUGUGGUAGUUAUGUGUGGGUUUAUGUUUCUGGCUGCACAUGCUCAGACUUUCUUUAAUACUGCUAAUGUUGUCACGGGUGUUGAGAAUUUUCGGGAUUAUAAAGGGACUAUUGUUGGCAUUAUGAAGGGUUUUCUCGGACUUAGUGGAGCGAUCUUAAUCCAAAUUUAUCAAGCGUUUUUUAAGGAAAGUCCAAGCACAUUCAUCCUAAUGCUUGCUUUGUUUCCGAGUUUAGUCACUUUGUCACUGAUGUUUUUGGUCAGAAUAUGUCCGGGAAGCAAACCUGAUGAUAAGAAGUACUUAAAUGGUUUUUCCAUUGUUGCUCUUGUUUUGGCUGCAUACAUGAUGAUAAUUAUCAUAUUGGAGAACAUUUUUGUGUUCCCACAAUGGGCACACCUGGUUACUCUUGUCGGUCUCUUAGUAGUGCUUUCUUCACCUCUUAAAGUUUCGGUAGAAGCUAUUAGCAAAGAAAAAACUCUUGCUCUACCCACAGAAAGGGAUCCAUUAGUCUACGGUAUCGAUCCAAAUGAGCCUGAGCAAUUUCUUGAGGACAGAAAUGAAGGAUAUGAUGAAUUACCUGGUACUUCCACGGACAUUUUACCGGUCACAGAAAACAUGAAUCUGCUGGAGGCUAUGAAGAGCUUGAAUUUCUGGUUGUUGUUCAUUGCUAUGUCAUGUGGAAUGGGAUCAGGGCUUGCUACCAUAAAUAAUAUGAGCCAAAUAGGCCAAUCACUAGGUUAUGAUACAGUGAAGAUUAAUACAUUCGUUUCACUAUGGUCCAUAUGGAACUUCCUUGGCCGUUUUGGUGGAGGGUACAUAUCUGAUAUCUUAUUACACCGAAACGGAUGGGCAAGGCCCUUUCUCAUGGCAAUCACUCUAGCAACUAUGACUGCCGGACAUGUUAUAAUUGGUUCUGGGUUUUAUGGUAAUUUGUACAUAGGAACUAUCUUGGUUGGGAUCUGUUAUGGGGCUCAGUGGGGUUUGAUGCCUACUAUUACUUCGGAGAUUUUUGGCAUUUUGCAUAUGGGUACCAUUUUCAAUACUAUUGCAAUAGCAAGUCCUGUGGGAACUUACAUUCUUUCUGUGUGGGUGAUUGGACAUAUAUAUGACAAAGAAGCAGGGGAAGGCCAUUCUUGUUAUGGGGUUCAUUGCUUCAAGGUCUCGUUCUUCAUAUUGGCAUUUGUUAGCUUUCUGGGGUUUCUUGUUGCUCUCACAUUGUUCUUCCGAACAAGGGUGUUUUACACGACUGUUGUGCUAAAAAGGUUACAGCAUAAUCUGAGAAGUUAAAGCAUGGUAUGUGUAUGAUCUUCUUCUCCUUUUCGCCUUAAAAGAAGUUUCUUUAAGGGCUAAACGUUAAGUCUUCAAACCUCGUCUAAGGGUUGCUUAGUAAGUGCCGCCUCCCAUCUGUUGUGGAUUCUCGUGUAAUGAGGAAAUGCUUUCUUCACUCUUGAGCCAGUCUCCAGUAUUGGAUUCGGAGCCCUUUUGUCUCAGGGCGGGUGUUAUGACUUCAAGAUUACAUGUACUUCUGGGAGGGUGCACUCUGGGAUCUUCGUGUUGAGUAAGAUAGUUAUGAUGGCAGAUGUUGGAUCUUUGCAAGAUUUGUCGAUACCAAACAAUGGACAGAACACAGAUGAGAAUGGGAGAUGUUCUAAUUGAUUGUCGAGUUUCAGGUUUGUUCUAUUCUGAUGGUAGCAGCACUCAGGUUCACGAUACUUGUUAAUCCGUUUGCUUGUGCUCGUGUGCAACAGUUCCUUCAGUUCAUCUAUAUUAUGUUUGUUGCUUAUCUAUUUGUUUCCUUAAUUAACAACACAAACACAAAUAAGUGGAAAUUAAUUAAUAAACUUUCGAGCAUGGCUGUUACUUAGCCUGUUAUAGUA